UAUAUAGCGGGUGAGCAAACCGAGUUCUUGAGACGAAACCUGGGGACGACGAAACAUCACCACAAACCGCAGCUAAAUUCGGACACACUUUGCAAACAUGUUGACCACCACCGUUCUGAUCGCCAUCCUCCCCCUUCUCGCCUCGGCUUCUCCUCUUACAUCCCGUAACAACAACGGCAAGAACCAGAAGACCGGGCUGAACGGUCUCGCCGCCCGUACCGGCCGUUACUUUGGAACCGCCACUAACUCGUUCAACGUACAAGGUCUUACCCCGGUCGGACCUUACAAUAACGUUCUGGACUAUGAGUUUGGGGGAGCGUUGACUCCGGAGAACGAGGGGAAAUGGGAGGUCAUUCAACCUCAGGAGAAUGUGUUCAACUUUACCGGAGUCGACAUUAUCGUUGAAGAUGCCAAACGCAUCGGAGCUCUGGUUAGGGGUCACAACUUCGUCUGGCACCAACAGACUCCUGCUUAUGUUACCAACAUCACCGACCCGGAAGUCCUCAAACAGACUCUGAGAACCCACGUCGAGGCGGUAGCUGGCAGGUACAAGGAUGACUGGGCGUAUCUCGAUGUCAUCAACGAGCCCUUGUUCGAGAACGGAACUUUCAGGGAUAGUGUUUGGUAUAACUUGCUGGGAGAGGACUACCUGGAGUUUGCCCUCCGUACGGUCCAUGAGGUAGCACCCAACAUCAAGCUUGGAAUCAAUGACUACAAUAUCGAGUCUGUGAACGAAAAGUCGAUGGCAUACGCCAGAAUCGCCAAGAACCUGCUGGACAAGGGAGCACCAUUGCACUUUAUCGGCUUCGAAUCUCACUUCGUCGGUGGUCAGAGCCCUCAGGACAUCGCCGCGUCGAUGAAGCAAUUCACCGAUCUUGGCUUGGAGGUCCCCUUGACCGAAUUGGACGUGAGGGUUUCAGUCGGCCCUGAAGAUGUGGCAAACGCAACCGGGUUGGCCGUCCAGGCAAGCGACUAUGGAAGCUCUGUUCAAGCUUGCGUUGACAACCCGCUCUGUCCCGGAGUGACGGUCUGGCAAUUCUACGACCCGAUCUCCUGGAUCCCUGGAGUCUUUCCCGGUGAGGGUGCAGCUCUCCCGUACGAUGCAGCCUACAAGCCCAAGCCGGCUUAUGGCGCUAUCGAAGGGGUUCUCAAGGGUGCGAAGAAGAGCGCUCAAUACAAGGGGAACAAGGGGAACUCGGGAAAGUAGGCAGAGUGGGGUAGAUAUGAUGCUGAUUGGGGUCUCACGAUGGUCAGAACGGAAUGACGUAGCGGCACAUAGUUCAGAAGUCCAGAAUUCUAGUAAUAAGAUGUAUACAUAAUCAAUAUGCG